AUGAGAGAAACAUCCGAGCCAGAGGGGGGUGGCAGUAUGGCUGUAGCACGGCUAGAGCAGUCUUGGGCAGCGAACGCCAUGUACGAAACAGGAGACUCAUGUACAGUAGCACCGCUCUCCAGGGCCAUGAUGCUGAUGGCAGCUGGAGCAUCGUCGAGCUGGGGGUGUGGCAUCAGAGGUAGCAUGUCCAUUUCCACACAUUGGCCCCUCCCUCUUCCAGCUACUGGGUAUCGGCGCCGGCACAGAUUGAUGGCGGGUCGCCGUCGAGAUGCGGAAUUUGGGACGCACCAAGCGGUUGAUCCCUCGUUGGGGGCUCGAUGGAUGGGCUGUGUCCUGCAGCAGUGGGUGUCGGGCAGCGCAGCAGCGCAGCAGCACAAGACAGGACGGGACAGCAAAGUCCAGAAAGCAAGCAAAGGGCAGCCAGCCAGGCGGUGGUGUCUGAUAGCCAUUGGCCGGCUUACCCAGCAGCUAGGCGCAAAAGCAGCAAGGCCCGAGCAAAGGGAGUGUUUCGAGGCCCUGGCGGCACGACAGAGAUCCCUGUUUUCAGCAGCCAUGAACGCAGCCCGAGGGCCUGACGGCGUUCCUGACUCGCCCGCGCCGGCAGCAGCCCCGUUGCCAGGCAUGGAGCUUGCUGGGGCUCUGCAGCGCCUUCGGUACCGUCUGGCGAGCCACCAGCCCCCCGCGCAUGGCUCGCUCGGUAGCGAGAUCCAGGGAGCCAGAGGCGAUUUGCUCAGAGGUGGUGAGUGGUGUUAG